AUGAUUUUCUAGCUAUGGCAGUACACGGUCAGGCGAGAACGAUGCUUAUUUAUUUCAAUUCAAACAUUCGCGAGACACGGAAUGAUUGAGACAUACAUUUAGUAAUUGGCACAAAUCAGAGUAAAAAUGUGGCGUUAGUGGUAUGUGAGAAAGAAGAUUAUCUUUUUGUGUGAAGAUUGUGUUAUUCAUUUUAAAAAUAACAAAUAUUAUCACUAAUACUAUGCAUAUCCGCGCGUCGUUGUGGUUUAAAAUUAUAAUAAUUUUAAACGUUUCUACACUUUUGGACAGUACUGCGACAUGGGGCGAUAGACAGUUAUUCCCGCCGGACCAAAUUCCUGAAAAUGCUCUAAGUCCAAAAAGAGCUGUGGUUCGUCGCAAAAUUGUUACUUAUCACAACUUCUUUAGAACCAAAGUUCGACCUACAGCUUCAAAUAUGUUAAUGAUGACUUGGCACGCGGGGGCUGCGCGCCAGGCUCAGAGGUAUGCAGAGAAAUGCAUUUUUUUACAACACAACAAUCCUCAAGAAAACAUUGUGCCAGAUUUAGGCACGUGUGGGCAAAAUCUGUUUGUAGCGGCACAGAAGACACCAUGGUUCUUUGCUUUAAGGACGUGGUUCGUAGAAUACCGUAAUUUUACAUACGGGCAUCCAGUGGUCAAUUUAAAAGUAGUUGGACACUACACUCAAAUGGUUUGGGCCACUAGUCACAAGGUCGGUUGCGGAUUUGCCCAUUGCCCGGGUGGGCCAUGGGGCCACUUCUACAACUACGUGUGCCAUUAUUGUCCAGGUGGAAACUACGACACCAUCACUCACUAUCCAUACAAAACUGGUAAAAAAUGCGCCGACUGCAAAGAUCAAUGCGUUGCCCAUGCACUUUGCACUAACGCAUGUCCAAAGAAAGAUGUGUACACGAACUGCAAUGAAAUCGUCAAUAUAUCGCCAAACUUCUGUCGCGACGGCUACUGCAACGCAACAUGCGCGUGCGGCGAUAAUCGAAUACAUAAGAAUUACCCUUGGAAAUGAUUAUCCACACUUGGCUUUCUCUUGGCAAUACAAAUUAUGAUAGCGUUUAUUUUAUUACAUAAAAUUGAGUUUACAUAAUAUUAGAGUUACGAUUAUCCAUAUUAUACCUACUGUGGCGCAAACGUUGGUACAAAUGUAUGUGUUUUGGAUAUAAAGGUCCUAUUUAGAACUAAUAAUGAUGAGUCAUAGUAUCCUAUUAUCAAGAUAACUACACGGAUCAAAGCUACAAUUGAUACUACAUAAUGUAAGAUAACGUAAUCAUCAACGAGUCAGUUCCGUCAAUGUAGUAGACACAGAUCUGUAAUUAUAGAUUACAUUAUCUGAUAGGAAAUGUAAAUUUGAUUAAAGGUUUAGACAUUUUUCUGUG